UUGGCUUUAAACGUUUAACUGUCAUAGCGUUUUUAACAAUAGUCGGAAAAUGACGAGUGUUUUUAUUAUUCCUGCUAAAAAAAGCGAUUUAGUGGAAAGUGACAAUGAAUUCUGUGUUAGAAGAAAACUUAGGAUUGAGAAUCUAUCAAACGAUUGUAGAGAAUUGACAAGAAAUUUUGGCGAAAGUGACUUAGAAGACUACAUACAGCACUUUCUAGAUGUCUACUACUAUGUCACAAAACACUUGGGCGCUCUGGAUUGGAAAUACAUAACUUUCUAUUCAGAAACCUUGCGAAAGGUUUGGUCUCAGUUGAACACAAAAUUAGAUUUGUAUUUCACUAAGAAAAUGUACAAUGACGUCAAUGUUCUGAACGAGACCAAAAUCGUUUUGUACAUAACAAAUGAGUUUAUUUCAGAGCUAGAUAAAAAGUUUGAUCAGAAAAAACAGAAGCAAAGUAAAGCAAAGAGUAAUGCUGAUGUUUUAUAUAAAAAAUGGUGCGUGAUUAAAGAACAUGUACUGACAUUUUUAUUGAGUGUCUCGAGCAAAAAUCUGCCAACGUUGUAUGACCCACCAGUGCCGGAAGCUCAAUUCACAGAGCUUCUGAGCAACUGCUGCUACGAAAGCUUAAAAGAUCACAACUUUUCAAAAUCAGAAGUAAUCCGUGAAAAGAUAUUUCAGAUUCUCGGCAACCUUCUCAAAAGCUACAAUCAUGCUAGCACCUUUGUCAUAAAAUUCGUUCACAUCAUCAAAAACACAGAUAUAAACUACCAGAACACAUUAAUACAAGGCGUGCUUCAAAUAAAAGACAACUUUGAAAUCAAUUCCAUUGUUAGUAUUCUCACCAAGGAAAUUCUGGUCCUCGUUGAGAAAGAAUCGAGUGGUGACAGCGUCGAUUUGAAGCAGAUGAUGAAUUUUGUGAAUGAUUUGGCGGUGGUGAGGCCCAAGGAAAUGGUGCCUUUGUUGGGGGAUAUUCAGUCGGUUGAGAAUUUCGAUAUUCCCAGUAUUCGAAUAUGUUAUGUUAGUAUAAUUGGAGAGAUUUUGAGACAAGUCUAUAAUGUUGAAGGAUUAAGCCAGGAAGACAAAGAAAUCAGAGAUGGUUUACUUGAGGAUUUAUAUGAUAUGUUGCAUGAUGUUGCUGCUGGCAUUCGGUCAAAGGUUUUGCAAGUUUUUGCAAAAUUAUUAAAAGACUCAGCCCUUCCUUUAUCGUGGCUCCUGAAGAUCAUGGAUCGUUCGGUUGGACGUUUGUGUGACAAAGGCAUAUUGGUUCGAAAGAAUGCAAUUGUUGUUCUGAAAGAAUUCAUCAAAAAUCGACCAUCGGAUGUACCGAUGGACAACGAUGUUUUGCAUCAGAGUUUACAGAAUGCCAUAGAAAAGCUGGCAAGUUUGCGUGAGCAACCGCAUCAGGCGGACUUGGAAAAGAUUAAAGAUGAAUGCAAAACCGCCCUGAUGCCAUUUUUAGAAAAUGCAUUUGCAACAGAUGCAACUAUAAAAUUAUACGACGAGAUGGCAUUUGAAGAAGAGGAAUUCGAUUCAAUCGACGAGCUUAUUUUAAAAGCUUUCACCGAGCAAAAAUAUGAUGAUCUACUGAAAUAUACUAUUUAUGUGGAACGUCAAAUAAAUGAAACGGAUGCAAGGAAAGAUAUGGAAUUAAAAGAUCUACCCCAAUACUUCUUUUGCGUCAUCACAAAACUGGUGCUUCAGAGUAAACCGAAAAACCAAGGCAAUGACGUCGCCCCUAUUUCUGAAGAUUUGAAAAAACAAAUCGACGAGCAAACAAGUAUGAUCGAGAUAUUAAAAAUGACAAUUCAGUUCUCUGAAAUCAUCUCCAAAGCUCUGCCUAUCAUCGAAAAGAUGCUGUUUUCGAAGGCCGCCCAUGACUCCAAUGAGGCGAUAACAUUUUUUGCAUCUUCUAUUGAUCUCGGAAUCAGUUCUGCUUACGAUAGCUUAUUGCAAGUUUUAUAUUUGCUUGUAACACAGAAGGAGAAUAAAGAACAGGUGUAUAAGAUGAUGACCGAGAUAUUUAUGGAUGAUAAGAGCAAUAACACUAGGCUGGAUGCAGCCAAUAUACUGAAAAAGCUCUGCUUCGUCGUCUGUAAAAUGAAGAAAAGCCACAGAGAUCCAAUGUGUCUCUUAUUCAAGUAUUGGAUCAAGGAUGAUAUGAUAAGUCCGAGUCUUAUCCAACUUUGUUGGGAAAUGAUCACUAAGAAAAUUGAAGGCACUUCCGACAAUGAUAUCUAUGCCUGUCUCGUCGUAUUGUCACUUAUAGCAGUUAAUAAGCCGAACGUUGUCUGGACCAAUUUGUCUGUGGUUACGUCUACGCUCCUGGACGAUUUCAGCAAAACCGAUAUACAGUAUGCGAUACACACUCUUCAGAUGCUAAGAAAUAUGUGGACCAGCACAGCUUCUCUAUCGAGAUCGGCUGAUAAAUCUGUAACGAGAAAAUACAACUCUGAGGAAAUCUUUGUCAAGAUUCAUGAUUUAGUGAUUCAUCAUUUCAAUGAUUCGACUACUGGCUCGUUUAGACAACUUGCCAAUGGGGCCGUGGCUGUCGUAUAUGCGGGUGCCGAUCAGCCCCAUUUGCUAAUGGAGAAAUUAGUUUCCGCGAUGCUGCAUGCCGAAAAUAAAGGAACUUUGACUCUGGACGAUAAAAUGAAAUCCUGGAGAGUCAGCAGAAUUUUGCACACAGUCGGACAAGUUGCAAAUAAUCACAUUGCAUUCCUCGAUCUCAACGUCUACAGUGAGUUGGGUAGAAGGAAAGAAAUACAGCAGAACACCAGGCAAAGUACUUCCUCGGAGACACCGAGCGUCAAUUCGAAUCCUAGGGCAUCGAAGUUGCAAUCCGCUUCUAGGAGCAUUAGAAAUAAUCAGAGUUAUAAAUCGCACAUGGACGACGACAACGAAGACAACGAAUACCAAGAGUGCAUCAAUUCCGACGAUUUGGAAGCAAACUUCGUCAACGACAUCAUGGAAAAGGAACUCCUGCAAGAGCCUGCAGCGUUCAGUUACGUUUUACCUUUCGUCAAAGAUAUUCUGGAGCAUAGGAACAAAGGCAUGUCGGCAGAACAUCCAGUUGCUGAUGACUGUUUUGAGACAUUCCAAAUUUCCUGUUGUCAAGACGAAUAUCAUUGUUGGAUUCGCUGA